UUCGUCGCAAGAUUCCACAUCCGCGGGUGCCGCAGUCAUGACAAGGAUGCAGCAGCGCUCGUCCGGCUUUCUUGUCCUCUUCCUGGUGGUCCUCAUCGCUGGGAUAGUUUUGUCCGGUCCCUCCACGCCACGCAGGAGCAGAGUCCGACGUCAGAACAUGAAGGUCCGCAUCAACGCUACCGGUGACACCAUUGUGAUGAAGUUUGUACGUCCCAACACGGACACCAAGCUGGAAGGCUACAUCCUGGGCUACGGCAGCAGUAUGUUCUCCAAACAGUUCAUUCCCCUUCCGGAGAAUGGGAAGCCGUACGAGACGGAGUUUGACGCCGAGCCUAAGUACCUUAUCGCGGUCCAGCCCAUCCCGACCAAUGAUGUGAAAAAGCACUGCACAGGGAAAGUCGAAUUGGAGAAGCCACUGCAUCUGGUUAUCGGGUCAGUGACCCCCACCUCGGUUUUGCUCUCUUGGGGGACCCUACUGAAGACGCCCUACGAAGGAAAUAUCAUGAAUGACUGUCUCGAGGAUGGACACUACACAGUGCGUUACCGGGAGAGAAACAGGAAGUGGAACUACCAAACCUGCCCGACGAGUGACACGGUCAUUGACCAUCUCAAGCCCAACGCCGUUUACGAAUUCGGUGUUCAACCUAGCUCAAAGGACAAGACCGGAUCGUGGAGCAAGCCCGUCAUCCACAAUAUUAGCUCAGGGGGUGUUCAAGAGAAAGUCAUCAGGAAAAUCUUCAAACGUCCCAUCAGCCCCGUGAAACCGCUGGCGCGAGGUCCGCAGUUCCCUUUUGCUCCUCGUCACGUUCUUCACAAUAAGACACAGGGCAGACAACCCAUCUCCCACCACAUAAUCCCAAAGACAACUCUCGCUCCCACCACAACGACUCAACAGGAACCUCUGUCUACCUCUGGAUCCACAGCACCUGCGACUACCAAACAGCCAAUUGGUGGAGAACUCUCCAAAUCUGUCAUUCCGCCUUUCCACAAGGUCCCCUCAGUUUCCAAUCUCCAACUUCCACUUGAUAUUUCAGAUCCAGCAGUUUCUGUACCAGUCCACAAGCAAAACGGUGCACAACCCCCAAAUCGUGCCCCAAACCCAUUUAAUCUCCAACAACCACCGACACAAUCCAAACCCAGGCCAGAACAACCCCAAACAGGUUCUCAACAAAAAACACAUUCUCAUCAAUUACGAUUCCAGCCCGUGCCCCAACAUGAACCAUAUCCAGAUCUGGAGUUGCACACCAUAACACAUAACCCUUUUCCGACACAUUAUCAUCAAACAUCUCAACCUACACCCCAAGCACAACCCCAAUCAGAAACCAGAUCAACACCCAAGAUGCAGACUAAAUCAAUAAGUCAGACAAAGCCACAACACCUAUCAAAGCCUCAGACCGCAAGUCAGUCUGAACCACAACACCUACCAAAGCCUCAGACAAAGCCACAACACUUAUCAAAGCCUCAGACCCCACGUCAGCCUGAAUCACAACAACCACCAAAGCCUCAGACCCCAAGUCAGACAAAACCACAACACCUACCAAAGCCUCAGACCCCAAGUCAGACAAAGCCACACCUAUCAAAGCCUGAGAUCCUAGGUCAGUCUGAACCACAACAUCUACCAAAGCCUCAGACCCCAAGUCAGACAAAACCACAACACCUACCAAAGCCUCAGACCCCAAGUCAGACAAAACCACAACACCUACCAAAGCCUCAGACCCCAAGUCAGACAAAGCCACACCUAUCAAAGCCUGAGACCCCUAGUCAGUCUGAAUCACAACACCUACCAAAGCCUCAGCCCCCAAGUCAGACAAAGCCACAACACCUACCAAAGCCUCAGACCCCAAGUCAGACAAAGCCGCAACACCUACCAAAGCCUCAGACCCCAAGUCAGAUAAAGCCACAACCCCUACCAAAGCCUCAGAUCCCAAGUCAGACAAGGUCACAACACCUAUCAAAGCCUCAGACCCCAAGUCAGCCUGAACCACAAAACCUAUCAAAGCCCCAGACCCCAAGCCAGCCUGAAGCACACCCAUCAAAGUCUGAGACACCAAGUCAGUUUGAACCACAACCCCUAUCAAAACCUCAGACCACAAGUCAGCCUGAACCACACCACUUACCAAAGCCUCAGACUCCAAGUCAGACAAAGCCACAACACCAAUCAAAGCCUCAGACCCCAAGUCAGACAAAGCCACAACCCCUACCAAAGCCUCAGAUCCCAAGUCAGACAAAGCCGCAACCCCUACCAAAGCCUCAGAUCCCAAGUCAGACAAAGCCGCGACCCCUAUCAAAGCCUCAGACCACAAGUCAGCCUGAACCACAAAACCUAUCAAAGCCCCAGACCCCAAGCCAGCCUGAACCACACCUAUCAAAGUCUGAGACACCAAGUCAGUUUGAACCACAACCCCUAUCAAAACCUCAGACCACAAGUCAGCCUGAACCACACCACUUACCAAAGCCUCAGACUCCAAGUCAGACAAAGCCACAACACCAAUCAAAGCCUCAGACCCCAAGUCAGACAAAGCCACAACCCCUACCAGAGCCUCAGACCCCAAGUCAGACAAAGCCGCAACCCCUACCAAAGCCUCAGAUCCCAAGUCAGACAAAGCCGCGACCCCUAUCAAAGCCUCAGACCACAAGUCAGCCUGAACCACAACACCUACCAAAGCCUCAGACCCCAAGUCAGACAAAGCUGCAACCCUUACCAAAACCUCAAAUCCCAAGUCAGACAAAGCCGCAACCCCUACCAAAGCCUCAGAUCCCAAGUCAGACAAUGCCGCAAAACCUACCAAAGCCUGAGACCCCAAGUGAGCCUGAAGCACACCUAUCAAAGCCUCAGAUCCCAAGUCAGACAAAGCAGCGACCCCUAUCAAAGCCUCAGACCACAAGUCAGCCUGAACCACAACACCUACCAAAGCCUCAGACUCCAGGUCAGACAAAGCCACAACACCUAUCAAAGCCCCAGACCACAAGUCAGCCUGAACCACAACAUCAUCCAAUAACACAAAUAACAAUAAAGUCUGCAUUUGAGGUACAUCCCAAGACAUCUCAAACAACAAAGCAACAUCAACCUCAGAGACAACAAACUCAAACAAUGCCUUGCGUCCUACCUAAACAACCACCCCAUUCUUUAACUGAGCCACAAAUAAAAACACAAUCUGAAUUAAUCGUCCAUUUUGACACAACAGUCCAACCUUUCACUCAACAAGAAAACUCUUCAGAGCCUUGGCCAAGCACAAUAAAACAGUUUAAAGUUCAGUCAACUUCCCAACUGAGGACGACUUCUUUAACCCCCAUGACACAACCUUUAUUGAAGAGAACGGCCCGGCCAAAAACACACUCGCAACCAAAAACUCAGCCAGCCAAGCCUCAAAACCAAUCUGUCACCAGACAUAGCAAGCAACCAAAACCUUCAGCUAGGACCCAGCCACAUCCUUUGUCAGACACUCUACCCCAUAGGAAACCCGUUUCCCAAUUCCAACCAACUACAAAAAAUCUGCCGCAAUCCAAAUCCCAAACCGAGGCAAUCCCUGCACCAAAGUCUCAAGCAGAACCGCAGCCUGGAAUUGAGAUACAGCCUUGGGGCACGAGUCACUCUGGUCCCAUUGAGGUCCCUCCAUUGCAGGCAGUUCCCACUGCUCCUAGUCCACCGGAGAAGGGAAAGCCUCUGCCAAUCCCAGCCCCGGCUGCAGACAAGCCUCAUAGUUACAAUCUUGGUACCACGAACCGGAGCGCCGAGGCCCCUCGCUCCUCCACUAUCUCCUCAGCAGGAAGAAACAGCACAUUUUCACGUAUCCGGCCUCCUCCUCAUUUCCCUCGCAAUGGUGUCAGAUCAUUCUCCACCUCCUCCCACAGCUCCAGGACCUCUGGGGCGCAUCAUAGGAGCAAUGCUAUCCCUAAACCUGCAGCAUGGCCCAAAGAGAAACCUGUUCUACGCCAAUCUGUUCCCGUCAACAAGAGACCCAACUUGGUGGGGAUGCCGAAUGAGCACGAUAAACCCAUGGACCUCAAACAAGGCGACAAGGAGUCCAUCUUGAAGCCUUUCCCGCUGGUCACGUCCAAGCCAAAGCAAGAACGCAGGCAGCAGACGACUACCACUACCCCGUCACUAAACAGCAGCCGUUUUGAGGUCAAUGAAAAUUCCUCCAUAUUCAGGCCCCUUCCAGCAUCCGAUGUGGACAUUAUGGGCAAGAAGCGCUAUGUGGCUCCUCACGUCAUCUACAAGACUGACAAGAAGCCAGACGAGCCGUGUUCCAUCACGUCCUCCCUGACUUACUUCCCAGACGAAGAGGACAGCAGCGAUCAGAACGUGACGGCCGCCCCCCGAAUCCCACCCUCCAACCUCACCGUGGUGACGGUCGAAGGGUGUCCGUCUUUCGUCAUCCUCGACUGGCAGAAAACCGAUAACGAAACUAGAGAAUAUGAGGUAGUAUCAACAGCCAAAGGACCCAAUGGAGAGGAAGUGUCCAUAUUGACGACAACGAACCAGACGCACACGGCGGUGGAGAAUCUAAAACCGGAAAGCAGUUACGAGUUCAAAGUGACACCAAAGAACGAGCUGGGAACGGGACCAUCCAGCGAUCCUGUGACUUUCAAUACGGAGUCAGCGGACCCACGAGUGAGUGAAAACGUAUCAGGAAAAGAUGCCCUCUGGACGCAAUUCCCAUUUAAGACGGACGCCUACUCUGAAUGCAAUGGGAAGCAAUACGUGAAGAGGACGUGGUACCGAAAGUUUGUGGGCAUCCAGCUGUGCAACUCCCUGCGAUACAAGAUCUACCUGAGCGACUCGCUCAAUGGGAAGUUCUACAAUAUCGGUGAUCAAUCGGGGUACGGCGAGGACCACUGUCAGUUUGUGGACUCCUUCUUGGACGGGCGGACUGGGACGCAGCUGUUUGCUGACCAGUUACCAUCCAGGCCAGGUUACUUCAGAGCGCUGCGACAAGAGCCGGUGAGCUUCGGCGAGAUCGGUGGCAAGUCGCAUGUGACUUACGUGGGAUGGUACGAAUGCGGCACGCCUAUACCCGGCAAGUGGUGGUAACUCCACACGCAGUCCAGAAGAAAUUCUGGUUGAAGAGUACCAAAGGUGCCUAACAUGAAGGUGGUUCGGCUCCUUUUCCUUGUUACCAAAAAUCUGUGGUGGGGAACCUUAACCCACCCUCAUUUUGAUAGUCCUCUGAGGGCCAAACUACAUUUGUGAAGAAAAAAAAACACGAUUGAACAAAUGUAUUAUUAGAUAUUAUUGGGAUUUGUUUGUUCGAUGUUCAGUUGAGGAUUUAUUUUCAGAAUUACAUGGCGGGCUGGAUGAAAUGCUCUCGCAGGCUCGAUAUAUGGCUACCAGGCUGGAGGUUCCCAGCACCUGCCAUAGACACUGUAGAUUAGGGCAAGGGAGGGAAGGGGUGUCUAAGGUUGCUACGAGGUAUGAACGGGUUCAAGAAACACAUCCCCAAUGUUGUAAAAGUGUCAAAAUGGAUGCAUGAGUGGCCAAAAUGUUCAUUAUAGAGACAUUGUUGGGAAGCUGGCUCCCAAAAUGUAUGAUACUAUUUAUCAAGGGAUCGUUACAAGAUUAUAGCGCGUGCUUGUGCAUUCCAGAGGACAUAGACUAUACACACACACACACACACACGCAAACACACACACACACACACACGUUAACCAUCUGGAUACAGAAACAAGGUGCCACUCACAUUAUGACUGUACAUUUGUACAAUGCAAACUACAAGCAUAUAUGACACAUGCGAGACUGACAGUUUGCUGUUCCUGAGGAGUUGCUCGCGGUUGCAGAUUGCACAGUAUUAACUUUUGUUUAUAUAUGUAUAUGGAGUGAUUUCUUUUUUUGUCUACCAAGUUUAUAAUUGUUGGAAAGAUUUUAAAGUUCAAAUUAUUGGGAAAAAAAAUGUGCUUCUAUGAUGUAGUGAAUGGAAACAUGCUAACUUUUCUCCAAUAAGGCAAUUGCAUAGAAAUAUAUUUGUUGAAACAUUUUGCAAACUGUACAUAAUUUUCACAUUAUUUCUUACAAAUACUUUUGUGUUGCAACUUGUAAACUAUUUACAAUCAAUAAAUCUUGUUUUGAUAUGAACUGA